AUGGGUUACGGGACCAUUCCAGACGAUGUUAUAAACAGUGACGAAUUGAUGCCGUCUUCUCCCUCGUCCGGGUUAUUCUACCUCAACCAGGGCGUUGAUGACGAUAGAUUCAACUUCAGCAGCCCAUUCGAUGCCAGCAGCAGCCCGCGGACGACCGACCCCGAAGUAUCGGCCGAAUUGGACUGCUACGACGACCUUGAAACCACGGCGAUUGUCGAUGUCUCGUACCGAAAGAACAGAGUGACGUGGAGGGCCGCCAAUGGCGAGACGAGGCAGAUGUUUGACCUGUCGCUCGACUUGUACGCCAACACGGCGACCAACACGUCCAUCUUCAAGCUCUACAGCUACAUCAUUCGCAAGGGCCACAAGGGCCGCAGCAACAAGCAGGCCGUCUACCUGUUUAUUCACCCCGAGAACGUCCGCUUCAUCACCUGCGAGACGUCGCGCACCAGUCGGCGGCCAAAGUCCAAAACCCACAAGCCGCAGACCUACUACGAGCUGCGCUUCUCGCUGACGGAAUGUCCCAACAUUGUUGUACCCAAGGAUCGCGCCUUUGAGUCCAGGGAUAAGACGAGGGCCCAGCUGGACUUGCUUCAAGAACUGGCCAGCACAAACGAUUUUGUCGUCCACCUCAACAGCUCAGGUAUCAACGCAUCGAAGCUGGACGACUUGCGAUUGCUUGGAUGCAUGUUCUCGCCUACGUUUACCGAGCACCGCCCUACCACGGACUUUAGGCGAGCGAAUCUGGCCACGCUUUAUGCUGGCAGCGGAGGCGAGAUUGUCGGGAUGAAUAGAGGAGUUGUGCAGUCCAUUGAGGUAGAUCCGCCUCCAUACGUUGGCCCCGCGCCGGAUUCUUGCAUGGUUUCCAGUGAGCAGUUUUCCAGUCUCUCUUCCAAAUUCAGGUGUGAAUACCUUCGCUCCGAUUCCGACGGGGAACACGAUGACGAUGAUGACGAAGAGGAAGAGGAGGAGCAGGAAGAGAAAGACAAGAGCGCUUUCGCCAACCACGUGCUAUUACUUUUAGACAAUCUUCAGACCCAUUUCAACGUUGUCGAGCGAUAUUUCGAUGGCAUGGAGCGCCGCCUUCAUGGAUUGGAGAACUGCGUCCAGCAACGACGGCACGAAAUCACCUUUGCAUUGGCAAUGGCCAACAGACACUAUAACAACAUCAACAACGUGAACAGCAACAGCAACAGCAACAGCAACAGCAACAGCAACAGCAACAGCAACAGCAGCAACAGCACUGCGCAGAGCCCGUAUCCGUCGUACCAGACUACGGUGGCGCAGAACACCCCAGCGACGCAGCGAGAUGAAAUGGUACCACAGGGCGUUUAG